UCUGGUUUCGGAAGCAAGCAAAGGUAGAGAGAAACGCUACCUUGCACAGAGAAGUUAGGUGGGAAAUAUUCUUGCUGUUGUCUGUUUCCCAAGAAAUUAAAAAGCGGGGGGAAUGGUGGGUUGGGGUUCGGAUGGCAAGGCUGAGGUCAUGAAAACGAAGAAAAGUAGUGGGUCUAUUCGAUCCAUUUUCAUGCAUGCCGAUUUCCAAGAUUGGUUUUUGAUGGCUUUAGGUGUGUUGGGGUCUUUCGGUGACGGCUUCACUGGGCCUCUUGUGUUGUUUAUCAGCAGCCGCUUGAUGAACAAUAUAGGAGGGGCUUCAUCUCGGAUGGAUGUAACUGAGUUUGUUCACAACUCUAAUGAGAAUGCAGUGUCUCUAUUAUAUUUGGCGUGUGGGUCAUUCUUAUCAUGCUUCCUCGAGGGUUAUUGUUGGACGAGAACAGGACAGAGACAAGCAGCAAGAAUGAGAUCCAGGUACUUGAAGGCAAUGCUAAGACAAGAAGUCGCAUACUUUGAUUUGCAAGUUACAAGCACGUCCGAGGUCAUCACCAGCGUCUCCAACGAUAGCACCGUAAUUCAGGAUUUUCUUAGCGAAAAGGUUCCAAACUUCCUGACGAAUCUCUCUAUGUUCGUUGCGAGCUACGUCGUGGCCUUCUCGAUGUUCUGGAGAUUGGCUAUUGUAGCGUUACCUUUCGUGGUUCUUCUCGUAAUCCCUGGUUUGAUUUACGGAAGAACAUUAACAGGAUUGGCUAGCAAGAUCAGGGACGAGUAUAACCAGGCCUGUGCAAUAGCAGAGCAAGCAAUAUCUUCCAUCAGAACCGUCUAUUCCUUUGCUGGGGAAACCAAAACCAUAGCUGCUUUCUCCUCCGCUUUACAGGGCUCAGUCAAGCUUGGUCUAAAACAAGGCUUGGCUAAAGGCUUGGCCAUAGGAAGCAACAGUAUUGUGUUCGUCAUAUGGUCCUUCAUUUGCUAUUACGGUAGCCGACUCGUCAUGUACCAUGGCGCUCAAGGUGGCACCGUCUUCACCGUCGGAGCAGCCAUGGCUCUCGGCGGACUAUCGCUGGGAGCUGGUUUAUCCAACGUGAAGUACCUGUCGGAAGCAAGCUCAGCAGGGGAACGCAUAAUGGAGGUGAUAAAAAGAAUUCCCAAGAUUGAUUCAGAGAACAUGGGAGGUGAGAUUCUGGGGAGAAUUCGCGGGGAAGUAGAGUUCGAUCACGUGGAGUUUGCUUACCCGUCGAGGCCAGACAGCAUUAUCCUGAAGGAUUUCAGUGUUAAGAUUCCGGCGGGGAAGACAGCGGCGUUGGUGGGCGGGAGCGGCUCAGGGAAGUCCACAGUGAUAUCACUGUUGCAGAGAUUUUAUGACCCAACCGGAGGAGAAAUACGAGUGGACGGAGUGGGGAUCAAGAGAUUGCAACUAAAGUGGAUGAGGUCGCAGAUGGGGCUGGUGAGCCAAGAGCCGGCUCUGUUCGCAACAAGCAUUAAAGAGAACAUACUGUUUGGGAAAGAAGACGCUAGUGAGGAAGAAAUUGUGGAGGCUGCCAAGGCUUCUAAUGCUCAUGAUUUCAUUUCUCAGUUGCCUUUGGGAUACGAUACCCAGGUAGGUGAGCAGGGCAUUCAAAUAUCAGGGGGACAAAAACAGAGGAUUGCUAUUGCGCGAGCAAUGAUAAAAAAACCGCAAAUCCUCCUGCUUGAUGAAGCAACAAGUGCGCUAGAUAGUGAAUCUGAACGAGUUGUCCAAGAAGCUUUAGAUAAUGCCACUGUUGGACGUACCACUAUCAUCAUCGCUCACCACCUAUCUACUGUUCAAAAUGUCGACAUUAUUGCUGUCCUUCAAAAUGGAAGCCUCAUGGAAAUAGGAUCCCAUGAUGAGCUUAUCAAUAACAACAAUGGACUUUAUGCCUCUCUAUUUCAUCUCUACCAAAUAGAGAAAUCUAGAACAACUCAGGAGGAUGCAGUCAUCCUUACCUCUUCCACUGUAUUAGAUAAGGACAUAAACAACACCGAUAGCAAAAGACUAUCUCUCGUGGCUCAAUCUAGCUCUACAAAUUCAAUGGGACAGAGUCAAGUUUCAAGUGCUGAAGAAGAAAUUGAUGUUUCUGUAGAAGAAAUGAAACUCCAUGUUCCCUCGUUUUGGAGGUUGCUUGCCCUAAAUCUCCCAGAAUGGAAACAAGCUACUUUAGGGUGUUUUAGUGCGUUUCUAUUUGGCGCAAUUUACCCAUUAUUCUCAUUCACAAUGGGGUCCAUGGUUUCUACCUUUUUUCUAACAGACCAUGACGAGAUUAAGAAGAAGAUGAAGGUUUUUGCACUCUAUUAUCUGGGUUUAAUGAUGUCAUCACUAUUGAUUAGUAUAAGCCAGCAUUAUAGCUUCGCUUAUAUGGGAGAGUACUUAACCAAAAGGAUAAGAGAGAGAACAUUUUCUAAGAUACUUACAUUUGAAGUAAGUUGGUUUGAUCAGCCUGAGAAUACUACUGGUGCAGUUUGCUCUAGACUUGCGAAAGAUGCCAAUGUGAUGAGGUCUCUAAUAGGAGACAGAAUGUCUCUAUUGAUACAAACUUUCUCGACGGUGAUAAUUGCUUGCACAAUUAGCCUAGUGAUUUCAUGGAGAUUCACCAUUGUCAUUGUAGCUAUUCAACCCCUUAUCGUAGUCAGCUAUUACACUAGGAGAGUCCUACUUAAGAGCAUAUCUAAAAAGGCUAGUAAAGCCCAGGAUGAAUGUAGUAAGCUAGCUGCAGAGGCUGUUUCCAACCUUCGUAUCGUUACAGCCUUCUCUUCCCAAGAUCGAAUACUCAAAAUGCUUGAAAAAGCCCAAGAAGGCCCAAGACAAGAGAGCCUCAAACAAUCAUGGUUUGCAGGCAUUGGGCUUGCUUUCUCACAAAGCAUCACGGCUUGUACUUGGGCCUUAGACUUUUGGUAUGGUGGGAGGCUAAUGUCUAUUGGUCUUAUCAAAGCUGAAGCAUUAUUUCAAACAUUCAUGGUUCUAAUGGGCACAAGUCGUGUCAUUGCAGAUGCAGGAAGCAUGACUCUUGACCUUGUUAAAGGUGCAGAUUCUUUAGGCUCCCUUUUCACAGUUCUUGAUCGAUACACAAAAAUUGAACCUAAUUUCCAAAAUGGGUAUAAGCCUAAUAAGCUUACAGGCCUAAUAGAACUUUGUGAUAUUCAUUUUUCAUAACCAACUAGGCCCAAUAACAUGAUCUUUCAAGGGUUCUCAAUGCGAAUGGAAGCGGGAAAAUCAACAGCAUUGGUAGGGCAAAGUGGGUCUGGGAAGUCAACCAUCAUAGGAUUGAUCGAGAGAUUUUACGAUCCAUUAAAAGGGAUAGUGAGCAUAGAUGGAAUAAACAUAAAGUCAUACCACCUUAGGACAUUGAGAGAACACAUAGCACUAGUAAGCCAAGAGCCCACACUAUUUGCAGGAAGCAUAAAGGAAAAUAUUGUGUAUGGAGCAAGGAAUGAGGUUGAUGAAGCAGAGAUGGUAAAGGCAGCAAAAGUAGCAAAUGCUCACGAGUUCAUAUCAAGCUUAAAGGAUGGGUAUGAGACAUGGUGUGGGGAUAGAGGAGUACAACUAUCAGGGGGUCAAAAGCAAAGGGUAGCAAUAGCGAGAGCGAUAAUGAAGAACCCUGAAGUAUUGCUAUUGGACGAGGCGACAAGUGCAUUGGAUAGCCAGUCAGAAAGGGCAGUGCAAGAAGCACUAGAACGUGUUAUGGUAGGGAGGACGAGUAUGGUGGUGGCACAUAAGUUGAGCACUAUUCAAAAGUGUGAUGUAAUAGCUGUGUUGGAGAAGGGGAAGGUGGUGGAGAAAGGGACACAUUCAUCCUUGUUGGCUAAGGGACCAGGCGGGGUUUAUUUUGCAUUGAUCAAUCUUUAAAGGAGACACUUCAAUUUCAUUGACCAACCCAUCUGACAAAUAGCUAGGUAGCUACAGAGACCUUGCUCCUUGUCACUUUGAAUAUGGCUAUUUUUUUCCUGUUCACAUAUCAUGCAAUGUUCUAUUUCUUAACACCCCGAGUCUUUUGCUUGAAUGUGUGAAUGUGGGAAUGCGAGGAAGAACUUUUGUUUUUACCAUAAUAUUGUGAGUAGGUAAGGUGAUGCAAAAUGCCUUAAGAUUAAGUUGGGUUAUGAAAUUAACAUUUUUUUUA